ACGGAUAAACCUUUUUUGUUUUGUUGUGAUCCUUCACUCACACUCUCCCACCAAUUAAUCUCUUGUAACCACCUUUCUCCGAUCACCGCCGUAAAACUCACCGGAAAUUCAAAAAUGAUCCUCCGACGACCAUUAAUAACCAUCUUAAUCCUAACCCACGUCUUAAUCCUCACAAAACCACUAAAUUCAACACCUUUUCAUAAAAAAAUCCACGAAAUAAACGGACCCAUCAAAACUCUUGUCGUUUUGGUCAUGGAAAACCGUUCGUUUGAUCACAUGUUGGGUUGGAUCAAGAAAACCCGACCCGAUAUUGACGGGUUAACGGGUCAAGAAUAUAACCAUGCAAAUGCUUCCGACCCGGGUUCCGAAAAAAUCUAUGUAUCAGAAGAUGCAGUUUUUGUUGAUUCGGAUCCGGGUCAUUCUAUUCAAGCUAUCCGGGAACAGAUAUUCGGGUCGAAUAGUACUGUAUCCAACCCGGCUCCAAUGAAUGGGUUUGUCCAACAAGCAAAUUCUAUGUUAGUAAAUGGGCUAAACAGUACUGUAAUGUCCGGGUUUGACCCGGAGUUGUUACCGAGUUACACCGAGUUGGUUAACGAGUUUGCUGUGUUGGACAGGUGGUUCGCCUCGGUUCCGGCUUCGACUCAGCCGAACCGGUUUUAUGUUCACUCAGCUACUUCUCACGGGGCAUCAAGUAAUGUAAGAAAAGACUUGAUAAAUGGUUUUCCUCAAAAAACUAUAUUUGAUUCAUUAGAUGAAAAUGGCCUUAGUUUUGGAAUAUAUUACCAAAAUAUCCCUGCUACAUUGUUUUUUAAGAGUUUAAGAAAACUUAAGUAUGUUACUAAGUUUCAUGAGUAUGAUUUGAAGUUUAAGUACCAUGCUAAAAAUGGAAAGUUGCCUAAUUAUGUGGUAGUGGAACAAAGGUAUUUUGAUGUGAAUGUGUUUCCGGCUAACGAUGAUCAUCCGUCGCAUGAUGUGGCGAUUGGACAAGCGUUUGUUAAGGAAGUUUAUGAGACAUUAAGGGCUAGUCCUCAAUGGAAUGAAAUGGCUUUGUUGAUUACUUAUGAUGAACAUGGUGGUUUUUAUGAUCAUGUGCCUACGCCGCUUGAUAAUGUGCCUAAUCCGGAUGGGAUUAUUGGUCCCGAACCGUAUUACUUUGGGUUUGAUCGGUUGGGUGUUCGGGUUCCUACUUUGUUGAUAUCUCCUUGGAUUGAUAAAGGCACAGUAAUACAUGAACCGAAUGGACCAAAUCCAUAUUCGCAAUUUGAACAUUCUUCUAUCCCGGCAACUGUAAAGAAGCUCUUCAAUUUAGAGUCUGACUUCUUGACCAAACGGGAUGAGUGGGCCGGGACCUUUGAGAAUUACUUUAACCUUCGUGAUACUCCUCGUGAUGAUUGCCCAGAAAAACUUCCUGAAGUCAAGGUGUCACUGAGGCCAAGAGGACCAAAAGAGGACAUGAGACUCACCGAGUUCCAAAUCGAACUAAUUCAGCUUGCAUCACAGCUUAAUGGCGAUCAUGUGCUAAACACAUACCCCAAUAUUGGAAACUAUAUGACAGUUGGUGAAGCCCACCAAUACGCACAUGAUGCGGUCACGAGGUUUUUGGAAGCUGGAAAGGCAGCCCUGAGAGCCGGAGCCAAUGAAUCUGCCAUUGUCACAAUGGGACCCGCUCUCAGUAGCCGAUCAACACAAAGACGAAUUCAAACCUACUAAAAGUAUGAAAAUCAUAUGUAUAUUAGUUUUUAACUUUUAUGUAUGUAUAGAUAAAAAAAUUCAUCAUAACUUAUGCCUUAGAUUUACAUAGGUUUAAUGCUCAUAAUUGUUGGUUAUCCUAACCACCAAGUUAAACCGAGUCAAA